AUGUAUGAUGACUUGGCGAGAAACGAUUUGGGUGCAGUUGGAAGCUACGGAGGAGGCACUCAUGAUGGGUACAGUCCGACUAGUAGAAGAGCAGUCAUUCUUGUUCAUGGAACCACUAACAAUGCUGGAAACUUUUUUGGACAAAGGAACGCAUUGCUCAGUAAUGGUUGGAGCGAAGAUACCAUGAGGAACUUCAUCAAAGUGGUCGCGGACUUCACUAAACAAAAAGUUGAUAUCAUUGGAUAUUCUUUAGGAUCUCCAAUUGUCAGAAAGGCUAUCCUUGGUGGAAACUGUGUUGAUGGAAAUGUGGAGUUGGGAGCGCCUCUGACAAGCUCCGUUGAAACCUACAUUUCAGUUGCAGGCGCAAAUAAAGCAUCCUAUCUUUGUGUUUUGCCUGUCACAAAUGCUUGUUCUUCUGUAAAUGGUCUCUUCUGUCUCUCUUCAUUUUUGCAGAAUAUUAACUCUGUGGAAAGAUAUGAAGGAAGCCACAUUUAUUCCAUCUACGGUAUAAAUGACGACAAAGUCGGAUAUAGGAAUGUCCCCUGUUUAACCAAAAACUCCCAGAUCCAUAAUAGUGAUCAGGAGUUUUCCAAUGCCACCGGAAACCACGACAUGAUUCUUUCUGGAACCAUUGACCUGCAAAUGAAUCUGCUUAAUGCUCAUUAA